CCUUCCUUCUGUCCAUGGCUGGUUUUACUUUCACAAUCCCUUUCCUGCCACCUCCCGAACGAAGCCUUUCGCUUUGCUGUCCUUCCUCCUUCCACGACCAGUGACGGGCCAUGGCCGAUCAGAAGCUGCUGGUGGUGCGGGACAAGUUUGUGUCCGGGGUGAACAAGGCGGUGUUGGCCCAGGUGGUGGACGACCUGCUGCGAGAGGGGGUCCUGAACGACGGGGAGGCGGACGCGGUGAAGGAGAGCGGGCAGAAGCAGGAGCAGGCCCGGGUCCUGGUGGACCACGCUCGGCAGAAGGGCCCGCGGGCCAGCCAGGCCUUCAUCCGCAGCCUCUGCGCCCGGGACGCCUUCCUGGCCGAGGCCCUGGGCCUCCCCGACACCCCUCCCCCAGGACGACCGGAACCCCAACGGGGAGCGGAGGCCAAUGCCGCUUGUGUGCCGGAGUCCAGGACUGGGAUGACCCUUUGCCCGCCGGACCAGUGUCGGGAGAUACAGGCCAAGGAAGCCGGAAAGAUUUAUCCGAUCGGGGACCGGCGUUCCCGGACCCGCCUGGCGCUGAUCAUCUGCAACAUCACGUUCGCCCAUCUCAACAAGCGGGAAGGGGCCGAGGUGGACCUCAGGGGGAUGACCCUCCUCCUGGAAGACCUGGGCUACCGAGUCGAGAUCAAGAUCAACUUGACCGCAAAGGAAAUGUCCACCUGCUUGAAGGACUUUGCGGCCCGGGAGGAGCACAAGACCUCGGACAGCACCUUCCUGGUCCUGAUGUCCCACGGCGUGCGGGACGGGCUCUGCGGCGUCCAGAGCCGCGACAAGGACUCCGACGUCCUCCCCAUCGACGACGUCUUCUCCAUCUUUAACAACAAUAAUUGCCGGGCUCUGUACGAGAAGCCCAAGGUGGUCAUCAUCCAGGCCUGCCGCGGAACUAACAAAGGCGUUACCUACGUGAGCGAUUCGGUGGUGCCCGUGGUCCCGUCUGCCGAUUCAGCCUCCUCCUCCGCAAAUUACGAAGAGGACGCCGUCCGGAUGGUCCACCUGGAGAGCGACUUCAUCUGCUUGUAUUCCACCACUCUGAACACCGUCUCCUGGAGGAGUCCGCAGCUGGGCUCCGUCUUCAUUGUAGAACUGAUCAAGCAACUCAAGGAGCACGCCUGGAACUGCGACUUGGAGGAGAUCUUCCGGAAGGUCCAGGAGGCCUUCGCCAACAACAGGCCCCUCCAGAUGCCUUCAAGGGACCGGACCACCCUGAUCAGGAAGUUCUACCUCUUUCCGGGCAACUGAAGCCCUCCCGUCCAACUUCGGUCUCGCUUGGGGCACAUCUACACUGUAGGAUUGAUGCAGUUUGAUUCCACUUGAACCGAAACGAAUCGCUGUGGGAACAAAUAUAUUUUCUUCUUUGUA